AUGGCUGGGAAGGACUACUGGGGAUUGCCCGGGUGGCGUCUUGCUUUUAUUAUGGUUGCGCUUGUCAGCUUCAUAAUUGGAAUUCUUGUGUACUUGUAUUCUACUGAUCCAAGAAGAAUCCCUGGAAAUCAUCUUCUAGAUGAUGACGACUACGAGAGGUUGUCCAGCAAAGAUGUUCUUCCUCCGACCUCUAUCUGGAUGGAUUCUUGGGUAGCAAUGAAGAGUGUCAUGAAAGUGAAGACAUUUCAGAUCAUUGUGUUGCAGGGGAUAAUUGGCUCAUUGCCCUGGACCGCAAUAGUUUUCUUCACCAUGUGGUUUGAACUCAUUGGUUUUGACAAUAGGAGUUCUGCAGCAUUGAACAGCCUAUUCGCCAUUGGGUGUGCCAGUGGAGCUCUCCUUGGUGGUGUACUAGCAGAUCGCCUGUCACGGCACUAUCCUGAUUCUGCACGCAUCAUGUGCGCUCAGUUUAGCGCCUUCAUGGGCAUUCCUUUCUCAUGGAUCCUCCUUACGGUCAUUCCUCAGUCAACUGACUACUGGUUUGCCUACGCCGUCACACUCUUCUUUAUGGGUAUCACCAUCAGCUGGUGUGCUACUUCGGCAAACAACCCCAUGUUCGCGGAGGUAGUCCCUCCCAAGCACCGCACCAUGAUCUACGCCUUCGACCGGGCUUUUGAGGGCUCGUUCGCCUCACUGGCCGCUCCUGCUGUUGGCUUGGUCACUGAGAAGAUAUAUGGCUAUGACGCCAAGACUGUAAACAUCGCCAACGGAUCAGCACAAGGGGCGUAUGCACUGUCGAGAGGGCUACUAACCAUGAUGAUCCUUCCUUUUGGUAUCUGUGUCCUGUUCUACAGCCCUUUGUACCUUGUGUUCAAGCACGACAGAGACAAUGCCAAGGUAGCCAGAUUCAAGGACCAGGAGCUAAUCUGA